AUGAGUAUACAUAAUAAUAUAGCAGAAUUAGUCAAAAAUAAAAAGGAGAUAAUAAAGGAAGAAAAAAAAAGACAAAGAGCAAAAAGUUGUGCUUGUGCAAAUUCUGUUAGUGAAGAUAAUAAUAAUGUUUUAGAUAAAAAUUUGUUAAUUAAUAAUUUUCUGAAUUCACAAAAAAUUAUAAAAGAAAUUCAACAAUUAAAUAAUGUCUCACUAAGAACAGCAACUUAUCUGUUAAAUGUUGAAAUAAAAAAAAUAGAAAAAAUAAAACAAUGUAUAAAAUGGAAAAAUGUUCCUUAUAUUUAUCAAAAAUCAGCUGAUGAAAUAUUAUUAAAGAAAAAUGAAUAUAUGAAAAAAUUACAAGAAAAAAUCAAUGAAAAGAAAAAAAAAAACAGAAAAUGUGGUAUUACUAAAGAAAAGGGAGAUAUUAGUACAUUUCGCUCUAAAAGUGUUUUUGAUGAAAAAAAAAAAAAAAAUAAUAAUAAAAAUAAUAAUAAUAAUAAUAAUAAUAAUACAGUUAUUAAUAAUGAAAGCUUACGUGUUUGUUCUGUACAAAAUACAAAAAAUGUUUCUGCACGAAAACUCAAAAAAACAGAAAAACAUGAUGAAAAAAAAAACGAAAAAAUAGAAAUUAAAGAAUUUUCUUUGAAAACAUAUAAAGGAGAAGAAUUGAUAAAUAUAGAUAAUAUAAAAAUGGAAAACAGAAAUGUACAAAAUAAUUAUAAAGAUAAUGAAAAAAUAAUAAAUUAUGAAGGAUGUUGUUAUGCAAAUAAUAAUAGUGUAAAUGAAAAUUAUUUUUAUUAUUAUGAUGAUGAAAAGGAUAAAGUUAGUGAUGAAUAUAAAAAUGAGAGUUUAUUAUGUUGUUUAAGAGAAAAAAAUAAAAAUGAAGAAGAUAACAAUGUAAUAAAUGAUGAAUCAUUUGUUAAUAAGAUGCCACAUAAUUGUAGAAUAAAUGAUCAUAAUUGCUUUUUAAUUAGCAAUAUAAAUGAUCAAAAUAAAAAAGGAUGCACCAAUUUAUAUGAUUUUUCUUAUAGAAAUAACUUAAAUAAUAUAAUAGACAUAAAAAGAAAAACAGCAAUGUGUGUAGAUAAUGAGUAUUCUAAUUUGAAAAUUUCAGAAGAAAAAAAAACAAAAAAGACAAUCCCUAAUUUUGAAAGACACACUGUUUCUUCAUUUAUUAAAAAUUUGAGUACUCAUAAAACACUACAAGAAAAAAAUUAUAGUGAAAAAAUGAAUAAGAAAAAUAAAAAAAAUACAAUUAAUUCUUCCAAGAGAGCAUUAUCUGCUUGCAAUUACUCAACAAAGAGUAAGAUAAAUAAAUUAAAUAUAUUAAAAUCAAAAAAUGUUAAAGAAGAGAUAGAUAAAAAUAACCAAAAUAAUAAUAACGAAAUUAGUGAAAAUGAACAAGCGUUUGAGAAGUUAUGGAAUUUUGUAAUUAAUAGUCCAGAUGCAGGAAGAAAUAAAAAUAUUUCGUUAAACAAAAAAGUUGACUUAUUUAAUAUAGAUUCACUAAAUGAAGAUUACUCUUGGGUAAAUAAUUUAAGAAAUUAUAGUAAUUCUGAAAAUAAAAAAUUAAAAAAAUUACAAAUGAAAAACAAUUUUCGAAAUUCCUAUUCAAAAAUAUCAUGUCGAAAUAAAGUUAUAUAUAAUAAUAAAAAUAAAGAAAAUGAAUUUAAUAAUAAUUUUUUAAAUAAAAAAUUUGGUACACAUUUGACUAAUGAUAAUUUAACAAAAGAUAAAAAUAUACAUUUAUAUAAUAGUAUUUUUUGUUGUAAAAAUGAUUAUUAUGAUAAAAUAGAUGAUAAAGAAAUGAAUAAUGAUAAAUAUUUUCUUUACGUUAAUAAAGAUUAUAACAAUGAUGAGAAUUGUAACUUUCAUAAUAAAUAUAUGAAUAAUUAUAUAAAUAAUGAAGGAAAAAAAGUAGUUAAAGAAAAUUAUAAAACGAAAAAAUUUCUAGAACAAGAAGAAAAAAUUCCCUUAGAUAAAAUUAAAGAACGAAAAACUUAUGGUAGAACAGAAGAUAAUAAUAAUAAUAAUAUGAAUAUUCUAGAAGGAAAAAAAGUUUAUUAUAUGAAUGAAAAUAUUCCCAAUAAUUUUAAAAUAUUAAUAAAUGGGACAAAUGGAAAUGUUAUAGAGUAUAAUGGAAACAAAGUUGAAUCAAGAUUUGAUGUCAUAAAAAAAAAAGAAAUUAUACAAGAAAAAACAGACCAAGAAAAUCCAAUUUUAUGUGGUUAUAUUAACAAUGUGUUUAAUGAUUGUAAAGAAAAUGAUAAUUAUAUAAAUAUAAGAUCAAACAAUGAUAAUAUUUCUAAAUGUAUUAAAUUAAAAAAUAAUCAAGAAAAUACUUUUCUUAAUAAUGAAUUAAAUAAUCAUAAAACUAUAAAUUUAAGAGUUAAAUGCAUGAAUAAUUCAAAUCAAAACUUAUGUAAUAAUGUUAAUAACAGUAAUUUACAUAAUGUCAAUAACGAUAAUUACAUAUAUAAUAAUAAUGUUGAUGGUAGUUUAUCAAAUAUUAACAACAGAGAUAAAAACUCCCUUUUUAAUAGAUUAAAAAAUAAGAUUUCUUGUCAGUAUUCAAAAAAUAAUAGUAUUGAAGAUAAUUGUGAUACUUUAAGCAUAAAAGAAAAAAUAAAAACAGAUGAAAAUGCCAAUAAUUACGAAGAUAUAUGUAAUAGAAAUGAUAGCAUAAGGGAAAAAAAUGAAAAUUUAGGCGAAAUGGAUAUAGAAGAUAAUCAUUGCUUUAAAACAUUAUGUGUUUAUAAUAACUUUAUUCUAAAAAAACAAUGUAAUGAAGACGAAAAUAAUGAAGUGAACUCUUGUACUGAAGAAAAAGAAUUAGGAGUAAAUGAAACAAAAAAAAAGAAAUUAAAUAAACAAAAAAAAAGGAAUUCUAAUAAAAUCUCAAAUAAAGAUAGCAUGGAAGAUAGUACAAGAUCCGAUAUGACAUAUUAUAAUAGCGAUUCUUUUGAUAGUUCUCAAAAAUUAAAACAUUUUUGUUGCAUAAGUGAAAGAUAUAAUGAAAGUAAAAAUGAAGAUAAAGAUAAUGAGGAAACUCCUAAAUAUAAUAAAGUAAGAUAUAGUUGUAAUACAGAUACAACUAAAAAAGGUAGUAUCAUUAAUGAAAAGGAUAUAUAUAGUGUAUCUAAAGAAAUUCAUAAUGAUAUGCCUAUUCUGAAAUGUAAAAAUUUAAAUGAAAUACUUCAUAAAAAUUGUAAUCUAAAUUUUAAUAAAAAUAUGGACUUAAAUUAUGAAGAGGAUAAUAAAAACAAUGAAAUUUCUAAAAUUGAAUAUGUAAAACCAGUUUAUGAUAAUAUAGAUUUUAAAAAUGGUAAAAUAAUAGAAAUGAAUAGAAAAUCAUCUAAUUUUACUUGCUUUUCUUUAAAUAAUAAUAUAAAUAAUGAGAAAAUUUCUUCAUCUUUAGAUAAUUAUGUAAAGAUAAAAGAUAAAAUUCUUAUACCAAAACUUAAAUUAGAUAAAAUUCAAAAUAAAAAUGGACAAAAUUUUAAUUCUUAUGAGAUCCAAGAAGUUUACGCACUAAAUGAAAGUAAUUCUAAUAAAAAUAAUUUAAAUAAAAAUGAUUUAAAAAAGAAAAAUUAUACAGAAAAUGGUUUUUUCAAUAUAAAUCCUAAAUGUUGUUAUUCUUUUGUAAAUUGUAAUAAUACUAAUAAUAAUAACUUUGCUAUCAAUAAUUUUGUUAAUAAUGAUGAAUUUUCUGAAUAUAAUCUUCAUAAUAGUAAUUCACUUAAUUUUGAAAGUAAAUAUUUAGAAGUUCCAUAUAAUUCGAAAAAUUUGAGUGAAAGCAAAGUUAGGAACUUUUCUAAUAUAAAUAAUAAAGAUGUUAUUAAAAAAAAUAUAUAUUAUAACAAUAUACCUAAAGAAGGAAAAGAAAAAAAUUUAAGAUCAUUAACAGUUGACUGUAAUUAUUAUAAACCUAAUACCAUAUGUGGAUUAAAUAAUUUAGAAAGAAAUUCAAUAGUUAUGAACAACUUUACUUCUAAUCAAAUGCAUCUAAGUAAAAAUAAAAAUGAAAACACAUCUUUAAAUUAUGCAAUUACUAAAAAUGUUUUCAAUAAUAGAUGUACAAGUCACAUAGUAAACAAAACCUCUGGUCAUCAUUCAAAAAGAAAAUUCUUUUUAAACGAUUAUGAGGAUUUAAGAUGUGAUGCUGGAAAUUGUCAAAGUAUUAAACCAAAUUUGAAUUGCAUUAAAAUAAAUGAUAUGACUAAUAGAGGUAAUCAAUUUUUACAAAAUAAACAUUCCAGUAAUUGUGUAGAUAUUUAUGUUUAUUCAAAUAAUUUAAAGAAUAUAAAUAUAAGUGAUAAUAAAAAGGAUAAUUUUCAAGUAAAAAAUAAAAAAACAAAUAUAGAUGAUAAUAUUAAUAAUAAUAAUAAUAAUUAUUUUGAUGAUAAUAAUAACGAUGACAAUAAUAAUAAUGACAACAAUAAUAAUAAUAAUAAUAAUGACAACAAUAAUAAUAAUAAUAAUAAUAAUGACAACAAUAAUAAUAAUAAUAAUAAUAAUAAUAAUAAUAAUGACAACAAUAAUAAUAAUAAUAAUGACAACAAUAAUAAUAAUAAUAAUAAUAGUAAUAAUAAUAAUAACAACAAUAAUAAUGACAACAAUAAUAAUAAUAAUAAUAAUGACAACAAUAAUAAUAAUAAUAAUAAUAAUAACAACAACAACAACAACAAUAAUAAUAAUAAUAAUAAUAGUAAUAAUAAUGAAAAUAACAACAAUAAUAAUAAUAAUAAUAAUAAUAACAACAACAACAACAACAAUAAUAAUAAUAAUAAUAAUAGUAAUAAUAAUGAAAAUAACAACAAUAAUAAUAAUAAACUUCACAAAAAUAAUUACAAUAGUAACAGUAAAAAUAAUAGUAGUUGUGUAUAUAAUAGAUCUAGUAGUUAUAAUAUUAGACAAAACAAUAGUUCAAUAAAAUCCUAUACAAGUAAAUUUCUAAAUUUUUUUAGAAAAAGUAAUAAUAAAGAUGAAACAAAAAUUAAUAAUAAAAGUAAAUUAGAAAAUAAAGUAAAUAGAUUGAAUUCAAAUUAUACCAGAAAUAAAAUUAUAAAUAUUUCAUCUUUUACAAAAAAUAACUUUCAAAAUAUUAACACAUAUAACUCUAUAAAUAAUUUAAAUUAUCUAAAUAAUAAUAAAAAUAAUUUUAUUCCUGUAUUUAAAGAUAACUUUAUUCCUCCAACUAUGACUUUUAUUAGAAAUUCAAAAAAAAAAGAAAGAAGUAAAACUACUCCAUUAAACAAAAAUAGCUUUCUUUCAGUAAAUAAUUCACGACAUAAUGCAUUAGUUGAUUAUAAAAUUGAUUCUCAAAUUUCAAAUUUUAAUUUAUUAGAAAAAAGAAAGACAUGUAAUUUUUCAUCAGUUCCAUGUGACAAUAAUAAUUUAUAUAAUUCAUAUCAAAAUGGGAUAUCUAGUAAGAUGAAUUUAAAUAUAAAUGAUUUUAGUAAUCUUACAAAUAAAAAAACAAAUAAUAAUUAUAAUGAGAAAAUAGCACAUGGAGAAGUUAAAAUAGGUUAUAUUGAGGAUAAUUGUAAUACAAACUCUAAUAAAUAUAAUUAUGUGGAUAAAGAGAAUAUAUUAAAAGAUAUUUCACUAAAUAAUCUAAAUUAUUGUAAUGAAAAUGAUAUAUUGUUUAAUAAAAGGAACUAUCAUAACAUUUCUCCAACUAAACAAAAUGAAAUAAAAUAUUAUGAUGCUAAUAAUGAUAAUAACAAUAAUGCUUCAAAUUUAUUUGAAAAAAAUGUAAAUAAUAAUGUUUUUUAUAAUAAUAAUAAUAAUAAUAAUAUUGGUUAUCAUGAUAUUAACCAAAAUAAUUUUACAAUAAGUAACAAUGAUAAUUUUUUAUGUAAAAAUAACAAUAAUGAAAAUUAUAAAAUAGAUAAAAAUACUUUAGAUAAAAACAAAAAUGAAACAUAUUCUGAUCAAUAUUCAACAGAUAUAUCAGACAGAAUUUCUGUAAAUCAUUCAGGUAGGUUAUCAAAAAAUGAAAAACAAAUGGAUGAUCAAAAUGUAUAUGAGAAAAGUAAUUUUCAGACUAAUAUGCCUAAUGAGAUAUACUGUGGAUAUGCAAGGGAACAAACUUUUAAUGAAAUUUUUAAAAAUCCAGGUAUCUUAUAUAAUAAAGAUACUAAUGAAAAAAAUAUCAAUCAAAUAAUUUAUAAUGAAUUACAUCCUAUUACGAAAUUAAAUGGAGAAUAUAAAAAUAACAUGUAUAUAAAUAAAGAAAUAUGUGGAAGUAAUUCCAUAGAUAAAUUACAUAAAAAUGAAUUAUUUACACAAAAUACAAAAGAUCAUUUAAUUUAUAAAGAGCUUGAAAGCUUUCAUAUACCAGUUAAAGAAAAUAUAUUGAAUAAUCAAAUUUUAAAAAAUGAAAAUUCAAAUUAUCAAUCAAAUUAUGCAAAAAAUUUUGCCUUUAAUGUUAAAGGAAAUCAGAAAAUUAAUAAAAAUUUAGAACAAAAUUUUGAUAUAAUAGAGGAGAAUAAUCAAGGAGUCAAUGGAAAUAAAUAUGUAAAAAUAGAUGAAGUAGAUGGAAAAAAAGAUAAUAAAUUAUAUAUAAAUGAUGAAAUUUAUCCAAAAAUUGAGAAAGAAAAUGAAAGAAUAAAUGAAAAAAUUGAAGAUAAUGAAGAAGAAAAAAAUAGUGAAGUUGUAAAUGAAUAUGAAGAAGUAAAAGAAAAGAAACAUAUGAUGAUAAAAAAGGAAGAGAAGGAAGAAGAAAAUAAAGAGGAAGAAGUAGAGGAAGAAGAAGAUGAAGAGGAAGAAGAGGAAGAAGAGGAAGAAGAGGAAGAAGAAGAAGAGGAAGAAGAAGAAGAAGAGGAAGAAGAAGAUGAAGAGGAAGUAGAGGAAGAUGAAGAGGAAGAAGAGGAAGUAGAGGAAGAAGAAGAAGAGGAAGAAGAAGGUGAAGAAGAAGAAGAGGAAGAAGAAGUAGAGGAAGAAGAAGAAGAGGAAGAAGAAGUAGAGGAAGAAGAAGUAGAGGAAGAAGAAGAUGAAGAUGAAGAAGAGGAAGAAGAAGAUGAAGAUGAAGAAGAAGAGGAAGAAGAAGAUGAAGAUGAAGAAGAAGAGGAAGAAGAAGAAGUAGAUGAAGAUGGAGUAAAAGAAGAAAAAAAUAAAGCUAAUAAUAGCGUUAAUAUUAAUAAAAAUAAAAUCCCUUUUUGUAAGAAAUCUAUAGUAAACGAGAAAGAAUUAAAAAAUAUCAACAAAAUAGAUGAUUUGCUAAAUGUAAAAUUAGAAAAGAAUAUGUAUAAUUCAAUAAAAUUAACCAAUUUUGAUAAUUCAAAAGAUGAUAAUUUAGAUGAAUCAUUAUGUAAAAAUAAUAACAUAUUCAAAUUUCCUACAAGGAAAGAUAUAAACAGUAAAGAAAAAAUAAUAAAAACAUAUGAAGACAUAGUUGAAAAUAAAAUAAUACCUUUAAUUAAUUCAGAGGUUAAAAAUGUAAUACAAGAAAAAUUAUUAAGUAAAAAGGAUAUAAUCGUAAACAAUUCAGAUAAAAAUUAUGAUUCACUUAAUUAUACGAACUCUUCACAAAAUAAUGCAUCUAUGGAAAAAACGUGUGAUAAUUCGGAAACAAAACACUCAAAAAAUAAUAUAGAUACUCAAGAAAAUUAUGAUCCCAAUUACUAUAUGAAUAGAAUUCCAUCUUCUAUUAAUGAGAAUAAAAAAGAAAAAGUAAGUACUUUAAUAAAAAACUCAAAAAAAAGUUUAAAUUCUCCUUAUAGUCGUUUAAGUAGUACAAAUAAUAAAAAUUUUCUAUCUACACCAGUACCAAAUGGAAAUUAUUCUUCACGAAUUUUUUCUUUUGAUAAAAAAAAAGAAAACAAUUUAAAUACUAUUGACAAGAAAAAUAAUAUAAAUAAAGAAAAAGAUGAUAUAUCACUCAAAUAUAAAAAUAUGGAUAAUUUCAGUAAAAAUUCAUUAUCUAAUGCAGUUUUAAGUAGUAAUGUUAGUGAUAACUAUACAAAUUUAACACACAAAAAUCUGGAUGAAAUCGAAAAGCAAAUAAUACGUAGCAAAAGAAACAAUGAAGAUUUAAAAAAGAAACUACAAGAACAAAUAAUUAUACAACAAGGACUUUUAAAAAUAAAGGAACAGCAACAGAUUUAUAUAGAAAUGUUGAAACAAAAUGAAAUGGAGAAGCAAAAAGAAAAGACUUAUAUUAAAAACAUAUAA